AGCUCACCCUCUUAGGUUACUUUACAUAGAACUCCUUUUUAACAACAGACCUCUGCCAGUUCAGCUGUCAGAUCUCUCCAGCUCAUGGGGAACCCCACAAAGAAGUCCCCCAGGUCUCUUUGGAAGAAUGCUGGAUAGAUCCAAGGAUCCUUCCAAGAAUGCUAGAAGACUUCUUAGCACCUCCAUUUCACAAGCCUGAUAUCCUUGUGCCGCCCAUCGCAGUUGCAAGAAAGAUGCUCAGAGAUCUCCAUCAGCCAGAGAGCACUUACAAUAUACAGGGCACCACGCCAGUGGUGCUGAAGGGGCGAGGAACUGAUUCCUGUUUUCCUAGUUUACAACCCACUGCAGAGGCAACUCACCAUCCAAGGGCAGGAGCCCGGCAAUGAACACCUGCAUCUCUAGCCCUUCGUACAGUGCAUGGAAAGGCAUGGCUCCCUGAGUGUUGAACAGAUAAAGGACCUCUGAGAACUGCUACAUGAGCUCAGAGAAGAUGUUGCCCUAGGAAAGGAGGGUACCUGAAGGAGGCAGGAGAGGAUCUGGGCCUUGGCAGAAUAGAGAGCUGGGAAGGAUGGAUAUUUUAGACAGGAAACCCGUGGAGGUGAGAAAGUACAAGAUGUUCGUGCGUAGGUCUCAGUGGGGUGGUGGAGGAGAGGCCCCUCACAGCAGUAUUCCUACCACAGGGCUGUCAGAACUCUGUCUCUUCACUCACUGUGCUUUUUGGGGUCCGGUUGUGGGGCCAGUCCUGAGGCACAGCCCACCUGCCUCUGGCCUCAGGGUUCAGAUAACCUCUGUCAGGGUUUAUCUCUUCAGCACAAGUUGGCUUCUUGGAGUAAUUUGACACCCUUUAUCAGAGAUUUGUGAAUAUGCCUCCCCACCCCCUGCCGCAGGAAUAUUCCAGAAACAGUCCCAGGGGUCAGGUAAUUCCUAGUCAGCCUCCCAGAUGAAUGACAUUGGUGUCUAACUUAACCAUCAGAGCCCCCAUGUCCUCACCUGUAAAGGGAGGGGAAUAACUGUCAGUAGCAGGUGCUGUGAGGUCUUGGGUGAGCUAGGGCUACAGAUGAACCCAUACACUUUUAGAAAACUACCCAAGAUAUUCUCUCCUCACUGCGGUGCUGCGAUGCCAUCAGCAUGGGAGAAGGGAGGGCAGCCAGCAGUGCUGGAAGCCAUCUUUCUGGGCCAGGGUGCUGGUUUGCAGUCCAGGAAGUCUAGAUGGGGAAGCAAGUUCCAGCAUCCUCAGCAGCUUCUGGAGACCCAAGGGUCUUGAAACCUGAGGACUAUUGGGAAGGGUCAAAGGUCUGCCCUAAGGGUGGGCAAGGGACAGAAAUGUGAUAGGACCACUAAGGCCUGGAUGCAGCCUUGUUGAGGGGCGGGCUUCUACUACACCAAAGAAGGAAGCCUGAUGCAAUCUGGGGCCUUGGCCUCUUACCAUCUGUGCCUGCCACUAGACGUCAUCGAUUAUAAAAGGGAUGUGGAUUUGAAGUGUGUCUCAGAUUAAGGGGUAGGUCUCAGAAGUCACCGUGGCCUCCAUGCCCUCCUUGUCCUGGUUAAGAGGCGUCCUGCACACUUUAACCGUGGAAGUGUAGGGGGCGGACCGGGGAGGGCGCAGAUCAGGAAGCUACCAGACUGGCUCCAAAUCUUGGAUCAGGGGUGGAGGGUCGUUGUUUGCCGCCGCCGGCGGCGCUGCAGGGUCCUAUGGGGACCGAUGACCCUGCGGCUCCCCGACUGCCGCCCCCUGGGAGGUGGCGGAGCUGGAUAAGCAGCAGCGGGCUGGCGGGCGGCCACCUCCCGGGCUGGGCCGGCCGGCGGGCAGGCGGGGCGCGGGAGCAGGAGGAGGAGCCUUGGGGCCCGGCUGCCGCUUCCGCCAGCGGCACCUUCAGCCACCGCGGGUGCUCCGAGCCGAGGGCCGGAGAGGUUGGAGGGAGACCUGGGCAAGAAGGGUGGCCCGGAUCACAGAGGGGAUGUCGAAGACUGGUGCUUCCAAGCCUUGCGUCAGCCAGAUGUGCCAGCCUAUUGUUGCCACCAAACUGUCAGGAAAGAUGGAUAAACCGCUCAUCAGCCGCCGCCUGGUGGACAGUGACAGCAGCCUUGCAGAGUUCCCCAGUGAGGCUCCCAAAGUGGGCAUCCUGGGCAGCGGAGACUUUGCCCGCUCUCUGGCCACACGCCUAGUGGGCUCCGGCCUCAGCGUGGUGGUUGGAAGCCGCCACCCCAAACGCAUGGUCGGGCUAUUCCCCUCUGCAGCAAAAGUGACUUUCCAGGCGGAGGCAGUAGGCUCCCCUGAGGUCAUUUUUGUGGCUGUAUUCCGGGAGCAUUACUCCUCGCUGUGUGGUCUUAGCGACCAGCUAGCUGGCAAGAUCCUGGUGGAUGUGAGCAACCCCACAGAGCAGGAGCACCUUCAGCACCGUGAGUCCAAUGCCGAGUACCUGGCUUCCCUCUUCCCCACCUGCACAGUGGUCAAGGCCUUCAAUGUCAUCUCUGCCUGGACCUUGCAGGCUGGCCUGAGGGAUGGGAACAGGCAGGUGCCCAUCUGCAGUGACCAGCCAGAAGCCAAGCGCACUGUCUCAGAGCUGGCACAUGCCAUGGGCUUCACGCCUGUGGACAUGGGGUCCCUGGCCUCGGCCCGGGAGAUAGAAGCUAUUCCUCUGCGCCUGCUCCCGGGCUGGAAGGUGCCCACCAUUCUGGCCCUGGGGCUUUUCAUCUUCUUCUACACCUACAACUUCAUCCGGGAUGUGCUGCAGCCCUAUGUACAAGAGAACAAGAAUGAGUUCUACAAGCUCCCCUUCUCUGUGGUCAACACGACGCCGCCGUGCGUGGCCUACGUGCUGCUGUCACUAGUCUACCUGCCAGGUGUGCUUGCGGCCACCCUGCAGCUGUGGCGCGGCACCAAGUACCACCGCUUCCCCGACUGGCUGGACCACUGGCUGCAGCACCGCAAGCAGAUAGGCCUGCUCAGCUUCUUCUGCGCCGCCCUGCACGCUGUCUACAGCGUCUGCCUGCCGGUGCGCAUCUCCUACCGCUACAACCUGGUCAACCUCGCCAUCAAGCAGGUCUUGACCAACAAGAGUCACCUCUGGGUUGAAGAAAACGUCUGGCGAAUGGAGAUAUAUCUGUCCCUGGGAGUGCUGGCCCUGGGCGUGCUAUCCCUGCUGGCUGUCACCUCGCUGCCGUCCAUUGCCAACUCGCUCAACUGGAGAGAGUUUAACUUUGUUCAGUCCACUCUGGGUUUUGUGGCCCUGGUGCUCAGCACCCUGCACACACUCACCUACGGCUGGACCCGCGCCUUCGAGGAGAGCAGCUACAAGUUCUACCUGCCCCCCACCUUCACACUCACGCUGCUGGUGCCCUGCGUCGUCAUCCUGGUCAAAGGUCUCUUCCUCCUGCCCUGCUUAAGCCACAGACUUUCCAAGAUUCGGAGGGGGUGGGAGAAGGACAGCGCCGUCAAGUUCACACUACCGAUGGACCACGCCCUAGCUCAGAAGACAAGCCACGUGUGAGGACCCGUACCUGGCUCCAGAAACCAGAUGCAGGCAGGACGGUGCCCCGAACCUGUCAGGGUUUCUUUUCUUGAUCAUGCAGUAUGGUGUGAUUGUGCACAAACUGGUGGUCUGAGGUCUGAAUUCCUGGGGCACAAAUGUAUUCAGUAAUAUUCAGUAUGACACACACGUGUGUGAUAUAUGUUCAUAUAUACUUCAUAUAACAGGAUUUGCAAUUAUACUUACUUAGCUAAAAUGUUGAAUCCCUGAGUUUCGACAUGUAGAUUUAAAAGCAAGUGCCAGGUGUCAGGAGAACAGCAACUCACAUUAUUGUGGCAUUUGCAGAUAUACACAAGCUUUUUGUGCAGAAAAGGCAGUGAGGGGCUUGUACCUUGGUGGAGUCGAUGCACUUGUGUCUCCCACACCUGUUUUGCUACUUUCCAAAGUUUUUGCAGAGCUAGGGCUCUAAAGUGGCAGGGCAGAUGGGGGCUCUGCGUGGAGUCCGACUUCAGCUGGCUGCGCUAGGCUGAAGAGUUGCCAGUGGGCAAGAGGUACGGCUCCUCACUCACCUAUCUGCCUUCAGCUGGAGGGGUGGAGGAACCUGGUGUCGGUGCCCAGGUGGGAGCCGGGCAGGGAGGGAGAUUGUGGCUGAAGCUGCUCCCCCUAAUCCUCCCCCUGGGGGGAUUUUUUUUCCCUUAAAGUCAGAAGUCAACACUGAGGACUGCAAAUUGAUCUUCCUGUGGGAGUGUGAAAUCACCUUUUUCUCGAGCCACUAAUGAACCCCAUCUUGAGAAUAAGUGUAAUCUCUUUCCCCCCUUUAAGUUGUUGAUAACCAGCCAUUCUUUCCUUUCGAUUGCUGUGCCUUCUCGCCUUUUAGAUCAUUAGUUUGAAUGUCUCCAGGAAGGCCUAAAUCUAACCCUCUGACAGUCAACAGGGGAGGGGAACACAAGGCAGAGGGCUCAGUGUCACAGCUGAACCUUUCUGGGGACCCCACCUGGGCGGGGGGGCGGGGGCUGGAGGACUAAUUGUCUUCAUUAAAUUGGUCUUGUGCAAAAACACUGGGGAGCUCUUCAAAUAUCCUUUGCUGCCUGCCUGACAAAGAUGCUGCUUUCUAAGUACCCAGAAAACCACCAGCUCCAAGUUUCUCCUAAUGGAAGGUCAAGUUUCAGAAGAGCUGGGAGGGUCUUUUCCAUCAAAGCUACAAACUUGAAACGCAGCUGCCCCAAAGCCUAAAAGUCUGGACUGCAGCCAGGGAUACAGGACAUGUGCCCUCGAAUCAUCUUCCAUCUCUCACUGAUUCAUACUGAAACUGUUUUCACUUCCCCUGUGGACAGUUGUUCUCUGCCGAACACCCCCACCCAGCUUCUCUCAGAACCAGGGUGAUUUGUCAUCAAAAAAGUACCUUUCUACACAAAGGGGGUGAGGUCUUGAUGGAAGACAUCAAUAAGACAGGUUCUGAUCUCUAAAUGCGGGGAGGGGGCAUUCAUAUUUCUUAGGUCUCCUGGGCCUGAGGGCAUCUUAAGAUGGAACAAAGAGAGUCCAGAGGUCGAAGGCUGAGCAAAUAGUGCUACAGGGAGAGAGAAGAUGCCUCUGCCUCCCAGGGAGGCUCAUGAGCUCAUGUCUGAGGAGUGCAUUAGGAUCCUUUAGUGAAAAGGGAAAAGAAGCCAAGUGCAAGACUAUCUCAUUAGGCUAGUGACUGAUGGAGAGAAGGCAGCGCAGGCAAAGCUGUCACUUCCUGCAGAUGUUUUCCAUCCGCUGCUCCAAGGCUGAGAGGCAGGAGUUUGUCUCCUAGACUGGCUCCGAUGGAGCAGCAUGGCUCUCAGAGAGGCUGGCUACAAAGGAAGCAGAUGAAGCAAAGGUUUCAGGACUUACUUGGCAACAUGAGUGCCCAGCAGUUUCCUGCUCAUAGAUAACAGAGAGAACAUGGGCAACUGGAACCCACCCAAGAUCACCAACCCAGGUUGGAAUUGGCUGCCUUUCUUGUCCAAUCCUCCCUAGUUCCUUAUACCAAACUGACAGAGAGCAAAGUCUAGUGUGCUCCUUCCCCUUUCCUGCUUACCUCCUGCUGCAGGUGCUCUUCAGAAAGGAAAGGAUGCCAAGGUGGGUGGCAGAAACGAACAGGUACAGCAGAGGGCUUGCCUACCUGCCAACUGAAUAACCAGCUCAGGAAAGGCAAGGUGGGCUAUGGGCUUGGCCUUGACCUCGUGUCUGCUGCUGCUCUUCCCUACCUCACCAGGCAGCUGGCAACAGCAUCUCCAAGAGAGUAUGUCACUUCUUUAGAGCCUAGGAAAUUCUGUGUGCCUCUGGGUACAAAAGUGCCUGAACCAACAUGCUGUGGGAAUCCUAAAUGCCACUAUCAGAGGUCGACAUUUAAAAUGUAUGCCAUUGAAAGAGUCUCUGUUCUGUUUUUACCUUGUAGAACUUGUCUAAGAAGCAGUGAAAAUAAACACCUAACCUUCUGUGAA